UGACAGCCUUCUCGGUGUGGGACUAGAGCGGGAGGAGCUGGGAUGCCUCGGUGGGGUUACUGACCCCCCCGGCUCAGCCCAUGACUCACGCGGGGAGGCGGAGCCUCUCCAUCGGAUUCACUUAUCCUGGACUCCCCCGCUCGGGCGGCUCUGUCCGCUUAGAAAACUACAACCUCCGAAACAAGUCGCAGCUUUUCUUCUUCCUCUAACGUGUCGUUUACAAUGUGAAGAGGAUGGCCGAGGGCAGCGCUGAUUGGGUGGAGAUCCUGGAGCCGCGCUCCCGUGAGCGCAUGUAUGUAAACUUGACCACAGGUGAAUGUGGCUGGGAUCCUCCUCUGGGUGUUCCUGUCCGCCAGGCCGACGGCAACCAGUGGUGGGAGCUGUUUGACCCCCACAGCGGCCGCUUCUACUACUACAACUCAACCGGGCGCCGCACGGUCUGGCACAGACCCCAGGGAGCCGACAUAGUGCCCCUCUCUCAGCUCCAGGCCAUGAAACGAUGCAGUGAGGCCUGGCAGGGUGGGGUGGGCGCAGAGAAGCACCGUACUGGGACCACUGGGAGCGUCGGUAGUGUGGGGAGCCAGGGGCGCCGUACCCCUCUGCAGGACCAGAACAGUGACAGCCCUCUGCCCAGAGCCCUGGAGUCCACAGAGGACAACGUCAGCUCUGAGUUGGACCCAGCAGGAGACAGCAGGACGAAGGGAGACGGAGGCAGCACUGACGACUGCAAAGACCCACAGAGGGAUGUGUCCCAAAGAUGGCAGCCAGCACCUGGUUCUAAAGCAGCCAUGUUGGUGAAGGUGAACAGCAUGAACCGGAACCAGCCCGACCCAGCGUUGCAACAACCGCUCCAGCACACAGCACACAGCAAGUCCAGUAACUUUACCCUCCAGAACUCCUGCAGCACGGCCCAAGGAGGAUACUUGGGCUCCUGCCAGGGAUAUAAAACAACUCCCUCUGGAAAAAUGUCUGGUGACCCGCGCCAAGCUCAUCACCUUAGAAAAGCCAGCAAUGGCAGCUUUUGUGUGGUGGCCUCAGAUGGUAGUCACCCCAGUCCAGUCCUUCACAGAUCCCACACCUGCACACCGUGCCCCGUCUCUCCUCAGUACGGGUGCACCACCCCCAUCUAUGAUGAGCCAGUAUCGGAAUGUCCUAUAUAUGAUGAGCCCCCCACAGACAUGGAGGUAGAGGGGGCACACCUUUACAAUGGACAACCUCCGUCUCGCUUGACACCAACCCAAAGUCUCCAGAAAGCUAAACUUCUUCAGCACCCUGGUCCAUCCCAUUCCAGACAUCGGAGGAGUCCUUCUGCGUCCGACUACAGCCCAGCAGGUCUGGAGUGCAUCAAACACAUGGUCAAUGUGGAUCCCAAGCAGAGCUACCCCUCCAGCUCUCCUGGACCCACCAAAGCCUCUUCUCCUACCUCGAGGCAGGACCCGGUCAUGAACCAACCACAGCCACACCCCCAGGCCCACUCUCUACAACAGCCUCGAGACCAGGUGAGGGACAGAGAGGGGGGGACCCCAGGCCCGAGUUCACUGGACAAAAAACAGAACUGGCGAAUCCUGGAGGCUACGGUGCAGCGUGCCAUGGAGGUACGACACAGCAGGCAGAGCAGCCAGGCCUCACAGGACUUCCCCUCCUCAACGGCCCAGGCCACGGCUAACUAUCAGGACUCUGGUUACUCCACCGGGCCCUCUCCCAGCCUGAGGAGAAAGAGCAGGAGGAGGGUGGGAGCCGGUGGAGGUGUGGGAGGCAGGCCGGGGUCUGUGGGCAGCAGUGGGGAGCUGUGUGCACUAAACGAAAGGCUGAUGGCAGAAAUGAGGGAGGUGGUAAGUCGCUCCAACACCAUGAGGGAGGUCAGAGCAGGGCUGGACCCGGAGAUGGGGGAGCGGGCUGUUGUUCCUCGGACUCGCUCCCCUGCAGACUCCCUCAGGUGGUUCGGAGGAAGAGGAGCAGCAGGCAGGUGCCCAUCACAAGAGGACGUCGGCGGGGCUGCUCGAUCACUAAAGGGGACUGGUAACUAUGGCAACCCCACUCUGACCCGUCUGGAAAUAUCAGGCAGGCAGAAAAGGACGUAUGAAAAAGUGGACACUUUAGAGAUGAGCAUAAACAGCCAGGCCAGUUUGUCCUCUCCAGAGACUCCAGGACCCCCCUCCCAGGGAGGUACCUUAGAGCUACAGGCUCAGUUGGAGAGCAGGAAGAAAGGCAUGGUGGACGGACGGACGGCUUCGCUAGGCCCACGCUGCUCCUCCAACCAUGACACUCGAGAUGGAGACGAUGGGGCGGGAGGAAGAGGAGCGGUGGGAUCCUCCUAUCAGCUCUCGUACGCUACGCUGCGUCAGCCUCCACCUCCAGACAUGGGCAUGGAGGACUGGGCCAGCAAGCAUCUCAACAUGCACACACAAGGUCUGUUCCGCCGCCGCGUCUCCAUCGCCAACAUGCUGUCGUGGAACCGCGGCUCCAUCAAGAAGCCCAUGCUGGUGACCAGUAACCGUGCCGUCAGGAAGGAGGCCUGUGAAAUGUUCAAGCUGGUGCAGGCCUACAUGGGGGACCGGCCCUCGCGGCUCGACCGCCGCCACUGCGCCCUGCUCAUCGUCACCAAAUGCUGGGACAUGCCAGGGCUUCGGGACGAGCUGUACGUGCAGCUGGUGAGGCAAACCACGGGCAACGCCAGCCCCCGCAGCCUGGCGGCAGGUUGGGAACUCAUGGCCGUCAGCCUGGCCUUCUUCGCCCCCUCGCCCAAGUUCCGCUGCUACCUGGAGGGCUACAUCCAGAGACACACAGAGCCCAGCAGUGACAAGAAAUGUGAGUCUCAGACCAAACUACAGGUGACACACUUCAUCCUGGAGCAGCAGGAGCUAAAACUGAAGAAAAAUUCCAAAUCAAGGAAGAAGCGGAAGCAGAACACCGACGAAGAAGAAGGCCUUCCAGUCAGCACGUAUGCCAAGUUCUGCCAUCGGAAGCUGCUGAAGGUGGCCAUCACCGGUGGUAAGAAGGGUCUGCGUAAGCCCACCGUAGAGGAGAUUGACCACAGCAGGCGGGCCAUCGUCACCCCCUCCCUCUUUGGCAGCUCUCUGGAGGAGGUGAUGGAGAGGCAGAGCGAGCUGUUCCCAGACAGGAAACUGCCCUGGGUGCAGGUCCAGCUGUCCCAGUAUGUCCUGGCCCUGGGAGGGGCUCAGACCGAGGGCAUCUUCAGAGUGCCUGGAGACAUUGAUGAGGUGAAUGCUCUGAAGCUGCAGGUGGACCAGUGGAGGAUUCCAGAGAAUCUCUCUGAUCCCAACGUUCCUGCCUCUCUGAUGAAGCUAUGGUAUCGUGAGCUGGAGGAGCCCCUCAUCCCCAUGAACUUUUACAAGCAGUGCAUCAGUAACUGUGACGACCCUGUGGCGGCCAUCGCUGUGGUUCAGUCUCUACCGGAGCUCAACAGGCUGGUUCUGUGCUACUUCAUUCACUUCCUGCAGGUGUUCGCUCAGCCUUCCAACGUUGCCAUAACCAAAAUGGAUGUGAACAACUUGGCCAUGGUGAUGGCUCCCAACUGCCUGCGGUGUCAGUCUGAUGACCCGCGGAUCAUCUUUGAGAACACACGCAAGGAGAUGUCCUUCCUGAGAAUGCUGAUCGUCCACCUGGACACGGGUCUCAUCGAGGGUGUGGUGUAGACACUGUAAAUCCUGGAGCGCACACAUCAGUCGAGCUCAAACACUGUCCGUCUUAGGUCACACUGGAAACUGUUGCAAGGAUGUCUUCCACCUCUGUCAGCAUGAGGACUUCAGGAUGUGUCCUCCUCUGUUUUCUUACUGAGAGAUGAGGUGUAUCUCUUUAGUUUCCACUGUUUUUAUUCUGAAAAUCCACGACGACUGCUCUCACACUGGCAUGGGGGUCUCCUCUGAAGCUUGUGAAACCCAGUGACCCUUUGUCCUGUCCAAAGCUCACUGCUAGGGUUACGGGGACGGUUAGGUGUCCAGGUUUGGAGGUUUGUGGGACUCACUGCAGAAAAUUUCUCUUGCAAUAGAAAAAUCUACAUUUAAGCAGUAUUGAUCUUUUUUUUCCUGUGUUUGCGUGUGCGCACGUGUGUGUGUGUGUGCGUGUUUGUGUGUGUGUGUGUGUGUGUGUGCGUGCGUGUGUUUGUGUGUGUGCGUGCGAGUGUUUGUGUGUGUGUGUUUGUUUGUGUAUGUGUGCGUGUGUGUGUGUGCAUGUGUUUGUGUGUGUGUGCAUGUGUUUGUGUGUGUGUGUGUGUGUGUGUGUGUGUGUGUGUGUGUGUGUGUGUGUGUGUGUGCGUGCAUGUGUUUGUGUGUGUGUGUGUGGGCUCACAUGGCCCAUUGUUUUAUUGUGUAAAGAAAGAAUCUUCUAAUUGUGUCUUAAUAGUCUCGCCUGUGCUGCUUUGGGUCGUUUGUAUCGAUGGAAGGUUUUUCUCAUUUUAUCGUUUGAGAAUCUUUAUUCUAAACUGGGAGCUGCGCUGAAACCUGUUGGCAGUUUUGGGUGUUUUUGUUUUCUAAAUCCUGCCAAAGUCAAACUAAAGGUUCUGGCUCAGCCUGAUCGGACGUGGUGAUGUGGGAGGCUGGCUGCUCAUGUGUUUUAUCAAUGUUUCAGUUGGAUUUGUUCUCCUUCGUGGUCGUUUCUGUGCUCAGGUCUUCCGGAUAAAAAAAACUGGUGUCAUGUAAACGAGCUUAGUCUAAAACACUUGAGUGAAUCUAAACGUCCGCAGUGAUCACCCUCCAGGCUUUAGCUGAUGUAACAUAGGACUAACCUUUUAUUAUUCUAAUCAUCCAUGUUGUGGGUGGGGGGCGCUUCGGUGCCACUGUAAAGAGAAUGUGUGCGUGAGGGACGGAAGGGACGUAAUGAACUGGUCAUUUUAUUCCUGCUGUAACAACAAAGAUUCAAACCACUGUCCCCGGUGUGUGUUUGCAGACCGACCUGUCAUGGCCGACCAUAAAUAAAAAUAUCCAUUUGUUGAUCAGCUGA